AUGGCCAUAGCGGCAGUCACCGAGGCGGAAACCCGGCUGUGUGGCAACUGCAAAAAGGAUAUUCCUGUUGCUAAUUUCAUCAUGCAUGAAAUCCACUGUAGCAAAAAUAUUGAAGUAUGCCGCUACUGCAGUGAAUUAAUCCCAAAGUCUGAAAUGAAGAACCAUAUUGAGUCUGAGCAUGUGCAGGUUACCUGCAAGUGUAGGAUGAAGAUAGAAAAAUGUCUCUUGCAGGAUCAUGAGGAGUCAGAGUGCCCUCUGCGUCCUGCCUCCUGCCAGUACUGUGACAUACAGCUCGCUUUCAACAAGCUCCAGGACCAUGAAAUUUACUGCGGAGCUAGGACUGAGAGAUGUGGUGGGUGCGGUCAUAACAUCAUGGUGAAAGAUCUAAAAGAGCAUCCUCAAGUCUGUGGGCAAGAGGUGAAACAAGUAAGACGAAGCAGAACAGUGCCUCGCUUUGAGGAUGAGGAUGCAGAUUUGCACACCCUUCGAGACAUUAGAAACCGACUAAGAUCAGGUAACUAUGCCGGGCCUUUGUGGAGAAUGCCCAGGGUGCUAGAAAAGCAGAUUUAUAGCAGCUCUGUAGGAGACAAAACACUUAAGGACAUUAGCAGAAGAAAUGUAGCAGCAGAAAGAAAUCAAAAGUGAGAGGAUGAACUGGAGCAGCUGGAGAGAAAUGAAAACACUCAUUCUUCACUUUAUGAAGAGUGGAACGAUGAUUUAGACUAUGUGUUGGCUCUUAGCCUGCAAAAUGAGAAUAAUCCUCACAGUAACACUGCAGCUGAAAUUCCCAGUGACUUCUGGGAAAAAUACUACACCAAAGAGUCUGUGCCAUUGGCCAGUCUUAAUGAAACAGACAAGUCAAAUAUCUUCUCCCGUGACUCUUUAGUGUCUUUCAGCACGUCAGACCAUCUAAAAAGUGACGAGAUCAUCAUGCUACCAUGUGAAUUUGUGAGGAGCUCUACCCUGCCGAAGAUCUGA